AUGGCGCGGCCGAUUGAAGAUAUGUCUAAGCGACGUACAUAUUCGAGUGAUGCCGUUUUUGCAGCUGUAGAUUUUGCAAAAGAAAACAAGAACUUUUCUGUAAGAAAAAUUGCAAGGGAAUUCGGAGUCCCUGAAACGACGUUGCGUAACAAAAUUAAUGGAAAAUUUGGAGUAAAAGUAUCGCUUGGAAGGCCUCCAGUAAUAAAUUUCCCUCUAGAACAAAAGCUUGCAGACCACUGUGCAUUUAUGGCACAAAUGGGUUACGGUUACACAAAAUGGCAAGUUUUAGAUAUAGCUAUGGAGUUAGCAAAGGCUUUGGGAGUCUCCGAUAAAUUUAGAAAUGACAAACCAAGUAAGCAUUGGUUUAACGGAUUCGUAAACAGAUUCCCCCACAUGAUCAUGAGAAAACCCCAAAAGCUAGAGAGAGUGAGAGCACUGUGUGUGUCUCCAUCUACAGUAGAUGCUUACUAUAAAGAACUGAAAUCAACUUUAGUAGAAGUUGACUUAUUUGACAAACCCUCCCGAGUCUGGAAUAUUGAUGAAACAGGUAUUACAUGUGAUUACAAUCCACCUAAAAUUCUUGCGUCCAGAUACACCCGAGUCAACGCAGUAACAUCUGGUAAGUCACCAACUACUACUGUAAUCGCCUGUGGGAAUGCGAUAGGUCACAGAUUACCACCUUAUGUAAUAUAUAAAGGUGAACGUCUUUGCAAAGAACUUGUUUCUGAUGGUCUUCCUGACACUAAAUAUACAACCUCAGCCACAGGUUGGUCUAACAGUGAAACAUUUCUUGAUUUCUUUAAGAAUCAUUUCUUAAAGUACGUCAAUCCCCCAGCUAUAGUACUGUAUGAUGGGCAUUUGACGCACAUUACCUUUGAUGUCAUUAAAGAGGCAAGACUCGUUGGAAUUCAUAUAUUUGUGUUACCUCCCCACAGCAGCCACAUCUUACAGCCAUUGGAUGUUGGUGUUUUCAGUCCGUUUAAGAGGACAUUUAGUGCUCUUUGUCAUGAGUAUGUAGACAACAAUAUCAAUAAAGUAAUAACAAGGUACCAGCUUCCUAAAUUAAUUGGCAAAUCAUACGACAAGGCACUAUCUCCAGGUAAUCUACAAAGUGCUUUCAGAACUGCUGGCAUCUACCCUUUCAAUCCUCAAGCAGUGAUUGAUAAACUGCCAAAGAAAACAGCAGAUUUAGAUGAGAACACGAAAACACUCUCGAGAAAGGAAAGACGGGAAGUAAAUGAGGUGAAACAGAUGUUUAUCGAGAAGGAAAGAAAAAUUGAACUUCAGAAAUCAGAAGAGACACCUGUAAAACAAGAUAAAUCUAAACAAGAGAACACGUCAAGGAGGUUAUUUAUACCAAAGUGUGGAAAAGCUGUCACGUGUGAUGAUUUCUUCAGUUUAGUACAAGAGAAGAAAGAAUUCGAGGACCAGAAAACAAAAGAACUUGAAGAAAAGAAGAACAAGAAACUUGAGAAAGAACGAAGAAAAGAUCUGGAUGAAAAGAAAAGUGCCAAAAAGUCAGUGAAAAAGCAGAAACAGAACAGCAGAAAACGAUCAGCUGAAACAGACAGAUGUGAUCAGGCAAAUGAAAGUACCAACCCUCAUAAAAGAAAUUGUGUAGAAGGAAUAAGUCAAGAGGCUGGACCUAGUGGAUUUUCAAAGGUUAUAGUAGAUAGUAAAAUCUUGGAGGACGAGUUGGAAGACACGGAAGUAUGCUUGUUUACAUUUACAGAUUGGUUUGAUUCUUCAGGGCGUAACGGCUUGUUUCGGGAGCUCAGAAAAAACUGUUUAUUGUCACCUAGACGCUACAACGGCUACAAUCAUGUUAAACUAAGUGCAGACUUUGACUUUAUACGUGCAAGUCAUAAAUGGACCGCCUGGAAAGAUGGUCUACAUCUGUCAGGUGUCGGACCGUCAGCUUGCGGAAUGCCAGCGUUAUUAUCUAGAUACCCAUCGAUGCACACAGGAACGGCUAGUGUUCUCUUUUACAACAAAAGAGCUGAAUAUUUGUCAUAA